AGUUGCCCACAUUUGUCCACAUAACUGAAAAACAGGUAAGGUAAUUAAGCUGAAAGCUGAGCCUGAGACACGACGAAACCAUGGCGCGUGAAGGGGAACGAGCCCAAGCAACAAGAAAACGCUUACUCGUCUCUGUAUCAGCUCUCAUAGCUCUGUGCGCGAAGCAGGCCAGCCGUGUUUCAAGAAAGUUCAAAACGGAGAGCAGCAGCAGCCUAAGAAUCGCGUCUAAGUCGCCGUUAGCAACGCCGAAGCAGCUCCUGACGACUUUCAGUAACAAGGCUAUUCCGUUCCGCCACAAGAAGAGAGUUAGCGAGGAAUCAGAAACGGGCGCUGGAGCGAAAGAUGGAGAAUUCGGAGAUGGUGGGUUGUGGCAGAGAACGAUCUUGAUGGGCGAGAAGUGUCAGCCGCCCGAUUUCUCGGGUGUUAUCUAUUACGAUACCAACGGCAAGCUGCUUAACGAGAUACCACCCCGAUCACCGCGUGCGAGUCCGUUGCCGAGACAUGCUUUUCCGGCAGCGAGAGGCGAACUCUAUUGAAUCAGUCCUUGUAUAGAUGUUUCCGUGAUACGAGAGGCCGACCGGGAAAGGAUUUCCCAGUUUCCACCAUGUUUUUUUUUUGGUUGAUUUUUCAUUUUUCUUUCAUUUGGUAUAGAACUUGUACCUCAUAGAUCAUAGAAUAUACUUUUGUGUUGUGUUUGGUGAGGACUUUUGGCUUCCAUGCUUAUUGCUUUUUGUAUUUUUUCCCCUGCUUUUAACUAAAGAAAAACAGCUAUUUAAAAAACA